AAAGUCUCGCUCUGUAACACAGCGCUCAGCAGUGAGAAGUGUCUUGGACAAUGGCUUUAUACGUGUUACCGGAGGGAUUUAGUGAUUUUGACAUGUUCGCCUUCGGCUCUGUGCUGCUGGUGGGCGGUCUUCUUGGUUUCUUUCUUAAUUUAAUCUCGAUCAUGGCGUUCCUCAGAAUCCGGGAGAUGCAGACGCCCAAUAACUUCUUCAUCUUUAACCUGGCCGUGGCCGACCUGAGCCUCAAUAUUAACUGUUUAGUGGCUGCUUACGCCAGUUACCUGAGAUACUGGCCGUUUGGGUCGGAGGGCUGCCAGAUUCACGCUUUUCAGGGAAUGGUGUCGAUCCUCGCCGCCGUCUGUUUUCUGGCUGCCAUUGCUUGGGACAGAUAUCAUCAGUACUGUACUAAGCAGAAGAUGUUCUGGAGCACGUCUAUGACCAUCAGCACCAUCAUCUGGAUCCUGGCCGUGUUCUGGGCGCUCCUGCCGCUGCCGGCCAUUGGAUGGGGCGUCUUUGACUUUGAGCCGAUGAAAACUUGCUGUACGCUCGACUACACACAAGGAGACCGGAGUUACAUCACCUACAUGGUGUCCAUCACUUUACUGUAUUUAGCAUUCCCUGUUAUGGUUUUGCAGUCGUCCUACAAUUCCAUCUAUGCUUAUUUCAAAAAGACACACCACUUUAAGUUUAACACAGGGUUACCUCUGAAAGCGCUGCUGUUCUGCUGGGGUCCGUAUCUUCUGCUGUGCACAUACGCCUGCUUCGAGAACGUUAGCCUCAUUUCACCAAAGCUCAGAAUGGUUCUUUCAGUGCUUGCCAAGACAUCUCCGAUCUUCCACGCCGUCCUGUACGCGUUCGGGAACGAGUUCUACCGUGGAGGAAUCUGGCAGUUCCUCACCGGGCAGAAAUCUGCAGAC